CCCGAACGUCUAAAGAAAGACCAAAAAGAAAGAGAAAGAGAGAAAUGUCCUCGAACGUCGGCCUCUCCACACCAAGAGGAAGCGGCACAUCAGGCUACGUUCAACGAAACUACGCCUUCCUCAAACCCCGAAACGCAGGCUACGGCGCCCCUUACCCACCACCAGGCGCAGGCACGAAAUCAUCAUCCUCAUCAAAUAAAGACAGCCCGGACGGAGCAGCACGUCCAUUCCACCACCGCCAACCGGAUAGGCAGAUCCUAGAACAUGACAGACGGCGGGCGAUCGAGGUGAAAGUUCUCGAGGAACGGGAAAGACUUGAAGAGGAGAAUGAAAGGCUAGAAGAAGCCAAGGAUAAAGAGAAGAAGAUUCUCUCCGAGGAAGAUAUUGAGGAACGAUGCAAUGAGUUGAGGAAGAAGUUAUUGAGGGAGUUGGAGGAUGCGGAGGAUCGGAAGCGGAAAGGUGAAUCUGAAUUUUCUGCUGAAGGUGGGAGACGGAAUCGUCGACGAGGGAUGUCGCCUCCCCCGCGGGAGAGGAGGCAGUUCAAGUCCUACCAGGUUCAUGAGUUGGCGGAGGCAAAGAUUGAGGAGAGUGAGCGGCUUCGGAAGGCGUUGGGGAUUAGAGAGGAUUGGGAGAGGGAAAGGGGUAGGGAGGAAGGGAGGUAGAUGGCUUUUCUACUGGUUCUGUUUCUUUUUCUACUAAAAAAUGGAUGCGAAGGUUCUGAAGGCUAUGGCGUUAGGUGGUUAGGUGCUGGUUUCUUCUUUUAGCAUGAGGGAAGGAU